GUUUCCAAAGCCAGAGAUCUGAAGUGUGUUAAAAGACUAGAAAGUAGAAACCAACCCAAACCCAAAACCUUCUUCUUUUUCUUCUUCUUCUUCACGCCCUAAUUCAUUUCCUUCUCUCUUUCACCAUGACCAAGCAACACGCCAAUUGGUCUCCAUACGACAACAAUGGAGGAUCAUGUGUUGCAAUUGCCGGAGCAGAUUACUGUGUUAUCGCCGCCGAUACCAGGAUGUCCACCGGUUACAACAUCCUCACUCGCGAUUACUCCAAAAUCUCCCAACUGGCUGACAAGAGUGUGAUGGCUUCUUCUGGAUUUCAAGCUGAUGUCAAAGCUUUGCAGAAGGUUUUGUCUGCCAGGCAUUUGAUUUAUCAGCAUCAACACAACAAGCAAAUGAGCUGCCCUGCGAUGGCUCAGUUGCUUUCAAACACUCUUUAUUACAAACGCUUCUUUCCUUAUUAUGCUUUCAAUGUUUUAGGUGGCCUCGACAAUGAAGGAAAGGGAUGUGUCUUCACGUAUGAUGCUGUUGGUUCAUAUGAGAGGGUUGGAUAUAGUUCUCAGGGUUCUGGAUCCACACUUAUUAUGCCAUUUCUUGAUAACCAGCUGAAGUCUCCCAGUCCACUCCUGUUACCUGCCAAGGAUGCUGUUACUCCACUGUCUGAAACAGAAGCAGUUGAUUUGGUCAAAACUGUUUUUGCAUCUGCAACUGAGAGAGAUAUAUACACCGGAGAUAAGCUUGAAAUUGUCAUCCUAAAUGCCAGUGGUAUCCGUCGUGAAUACAUGGACCUAAGGAGAGACUGAUGCUCUACACAGAAAUUUGUUGUUGGAGAUAAACGGAGUUGGCUUGAGGAUGUUUGAAAUGCUUCUAAAAUUUAAAUGACAAUGGAGGGUUUUCCCAUGUGGCGAAAUUGAGAAUAGCAUUUCCUGUGAAAUUGCUUUGAACAAAUAUUUUAGUCUGUUCACAUUAUAAUUAGACUGUGCUUUCACUUAUAUUUGCAUUGGAUAUUUGUCCGAGUCUAUUUCAUAGCUUUAGCGUGCAUUUUCUAA